AAUAAUUGAAAUGCUGAAAGUAUUGCCUUUCAUAACGUAAGGUGUAUGUAUACAUUAGUACGAUAAGGGAAAAAUCCUGCUUAAAAAGCAUGUUAGUAGACAGACGCUUUUCCCAUUUGCCAUAAAAAAAUCGUAAACCAACGUUGCCCAUUCCAUGCAUAAUUGAGUUGUUUUGAACGUACCCGAAUCAGCUGAUUCAAGUCAGUGGUGACAGUCAAAAGUUGGCGCGCAAACCUAAAAACUAGAAUCUCAAGAAGCAUUUAAAUUUGUUUUUGUUAUUAAUAUAAAAUACAUCAGAUCUCGUAAAAUACAUAAAUCAAGCAUAAAAUGAGUAAAAGAAAGUCCGGAGAUCAGCAUGUACCUUACAAAAAGUUUAAGUUAAACAGCAUCACCCAGAGGCCUCCUUUAAAAUCCCUUGAUCCCAGGAAUGACACCCUUGUAUUCCAAGAACUUGAGUUAGAUCAUUAUAUUGGCCAUGUUUACCCUGGGAUGCCUGGACCCCAGAGUGGAAUGGUUCCAAUUAUGCGUAUGUGGGGCGUAACAAAAGAAGGCAACAGUGUCUGUUGUCUUAUCCAUGGCUUCUCCCCAUAUUUUUUCGUAAGCCUUCCAAUCACUUUUACCAAAGAUGAUUUGGAGCCAUUUAAGACCAAACUGAAUGAUGCUUUAAUUAAUGACAUUAGGGGGGGUAAUAAGGAAGGCACCACCGAUGCAGUAUUAAUGGUAGAGUUGAUAAAAGGCAAAAGUUUAAUGUAUUAUAGUGGAGAUGAGGAUCAGAAUUAUGCCAAGAUCACUGUCAUUCAACAUAAGUUUGUUCCUGCCGCAAAGAGAUUAUUGAGUCAACAGGUUAUUUAUCAGCCAUUGGCAAGUCAUACUUUUGAGUUUUUUGAGAGUAAUGUUGAUAUUGAAACUAGAUUUAUGGUAGACACAAAUAUACUGGGUUGUGUCUGGAUAGAAAUACCGCCGAAAAAGUGGUUCUUAAGAAGCGCCACUUCCCAAUUCACCAAAAUGUCAAGAUGCCAAAUCGAGUGCGAUAUUUCAUGGGAAGAUUUUACGGCACACGCUCCCGAGGGAGAUUGGGGCGAUGUCGCACAGUUUAGGAUGCACAGUUUCGAUAUCGAAUGUGCUGGCAGAAAAGGUGUAUUCCCUGAGCCGAACGUGGACCCAGUAAUUCAAAUUGCCAAUGUUAUCCAGCUGCAUGGUGUUAAAGAAGUGAUGACGCGAAAUAUAUUUUGCCUAAGGUCAUGUGCCCCAAUAGGCCAUGCUGAGGUAUUUUGCUAUGAUAACGAAGCGGAAAUGUUAGGAGCAUGGGCAGAAUUCGUCAGAGAACUAGACCCGGAUAUAUUCACGGGCUAUAACAUCAAUAAUUUUGAUUUUCCUUAUCUGUUGGAGCGAGCUAAACAUUUAAAAGUGAAAAAUUUCUUUUAUUUAGGAAGACUUACUAAUGUUAUAUCCCAAAUAAAAGAAACGGUAACGCAAACAAAAAUCGGCAAAAGGGUUUAUAAAACGAUCAACUUCGAAGGGAGGGUACCUUACGACAUGUUCUUAGUAACUAAAAGGGACUUUAAACUUCGAUCUUAUACUUUAAAUAGUGUUUGCCAGGAAAUCUUGGGGGAGCAAAAGGAGGACGUGCAUCACAGCAUUAUUACUGAUUUACAAAAUGGUGAUGACCAAACUAGACGAAGGCUUGCAGUAUAUUGCCUUAAGGACGCAGAACUACCCUUAAAGCUUAUAAAUACGGUGCUAAGCUUUACCAAUGAUAUCGAAAUGGCUAGAGUGACAGGCGUUGCUAUUACUAGCUUAUUAACUAAAGGAGAGCAAGUUAAGGUGGUUGCCCAACUUUUGAGACAUUGCAGACAAGCGGGUUAUUUUAUGCCAGCACACCAAGGGCAAGCAGGUUCGGAACAAUAUGAGGGUGCCACUGUAAUCGAACCGAUCAGGGGGUACUAUACAGAUCCAAUAGCAACACUGGAUUUCAGUUCUUUGUAUCCCAGUAUUAUGAUUGCGCAUAAUUUAUGUUAUACCACUUUGGUGUUAAAUGUUGCGCAUCAAGAAAAAUUAGGGCUAACAAAAGACAAAGUGACGCACACCCCAGCCAAUUGCAUUUUCGUAAAAUCAUCAGUAAGACCGGGACUUUUACCACAUAUUUUACAACAUUUACUAGCAGCGAGAAAAAAGACCAAGGCGUUAUUAAAAGACGCCAAAGAUCCCGUACUGAAAGCCGUAUUGAACGGCAGACAGUUGGCGUACAAAAUAUCCGCAAACUCGGUUUACGGGUUCACGGGCGCGCAAGUGGGCAAAUUGCCUUGCUUGGAAAUAUCCGGGAGCGUAACAGCCUACGGUCGUACCAUGAUCGAAUUCACCAAACAAGAGGUCGAGCAACAGUACACCAUUCAAAAUGGUUACGAAAGCGACGCAAAAGUUAUUUACGGCGAUACUGACUCAGUUAUGGUUAAUUUUAAAGCGAAAAAUAUCGAAAAAGCCAUGGAACUUGGCAGGGAGGCCGCUGAACUCAUCAGCACCAAGUUUAUUAGGCCUAUUAAAUUAGAAUUUGAAAAAGUAUAUUUUCCAUAUCUGUUAAUCAAUAAGAAGAGGUAUGCCGGAUUAUAUUUUACAACACCUGAAAAGUAUGACAAAAUGGACUGCAAGGGAAUUGAGACUGUGAGGAGGGAUAAUUGUACCCUCGUUUGUGAUGUUAUUAAUACUUGUUUACAAAAGUUACUUAUAGACAGAGACCCAGAUGGCGCCAUCGGUUACGCGAAAGAAGUAAUCUCAGAUCUGCUUCAGAACAACAUAGACAUAUCCCAACUAGUGAUCACGAAGGAACUGACAAAAGAAGAUUAUUCGGCCAAGCAGGCGCACGUAGAACUGGCGAAGAAAAUGAAGAAAAGAGAUCCGGGAAACGCGCCUAAAUUGGGCGAUCGAAUCCCUUACGUUAUCACUGCGAACGUGAAAAACGCCAAGGCGUUCGAAAAGGCAGAGGACCCAAUAUACGUUUUGGAAAAUAACAUACCGAUAGAUGCAAAAUAUUACUUGGAAAACCAACUGUCCAAACCCUUGGUCCGAAUUUUUCAGCCUAUUUUGGGCGAUAACGCAGAAUCCAUGCUUCUACGUGGCGAACAUACGAGAACGAGGGCAGUGGUGACGUCAAAAGUCGGCGCCCUCUCAGCCUUCACCCAAAAGAAAGAAACCUGUUUGGGCUGUAAAUCCGUGCUUGCGAAGGCUUAUGAACAAUCGGCCGUUUGUGCACAUUGUAAACCGAAAGAGGCCUCGAUUUAUAUGCAAGAAUUGUGCCAUCAUAGAAUGUUGGAGGAUCGAUUUGCUUCACUUUUUACCGAAUGUCAAAGGUGUCAAGGUUCAUUACACGAAGAAAUCCUAUGUACAAGCAGAGACUGUCCGAUCUUCUACAUAAGAAAAAAGGUCCAAAUGGAGCUCGAAACGUCGAAAACGAAAGUCCAAAGAUUCGGCGAUCCGAUUCCUUUAGAAGAAGACGACGAGACUAUGCAAGAAGUAUUUUAGUUUUAGGUGGCGUUGUAUACUUUUUGUCAAAAAUUUCUUUUUAAAUAAACUUAUUUGUACGUU